AGGGUUAUCCCACUACGUCAUAAUAAAUCACUUGACACUUGUUGAUUACGUAAACAAAACAUUGAUAAAUAAUUAACAAAAAAAUAAGUGUUAUUUGUUAAAUUUAUUUUUUUUAAUACAUAUUAGAAAUAAAAAAUCAUGCAAAAUACAAUGAACCAAGUAUCUUAUGACAAAAAUCAAAUUGUUUAUAAAAAUCUUCCAGUUGAUGAAUUGCCUGCAAAAAUAAGUCAUGAAUUAUGUAGAAUUCUAAAUCAACAAUGCAAAUGGAAAGAUCUAUCUGGUAAUUAAUAAUGCAUUAUUAAUUUUUUAAAUUGAUUUUUUUGAUGAUUAAUAUAAUUUUUGUUUUUUAAGCUAAACAUCUAGAUUGGACAGAGUCAGAUUUUCAAUAUGUAGGUAAACAAAAAGAUCCAACGAAAGAAUUUAUAAAACAAUAUGCUAAAGAAGGUUUUGGAGUACAUGACCUUUAUUUUCAUUUACUUGAAAUCCAACACUAUCUUGGAAUGCAAAUAUUACAAGCUUGUGUUGAUAAAAAAUAUCAUUAUUUAUUAAUUGAAGCUAAAGACAAUUUAUCAAAUUUGCCUAAAGCUAAAGUUCAAUGUGUUCCAAUAUGUCAAAACAAAAUGACUCCUGACAAUAAAAAUAAUCAAAUAACUGAAAAAAAAAUAAUGAAUAUCGGUAAAGAAAUUACACCAAGACCUGUUGAACCAAGUAAUUCAAAUAAUCUUGAUGUUAAAUCACCAAGUUUAACAAAUUUAAUAACACUAAAUCCAUCAAUGACAUUACCACAAAUGAUGGAAGCUUUAAAACCUGCAUACUUACAACAUUUAGCAUAUAAAGUAUUAACUGAUGCAACUGAUAAUUGGAGUGAUGCUAAAAUUAUAGGAAAAGGAGGAUUUGGAAAAGUAUUCAAAGGUUCUUGGGUAAAUACUGAUGUGGCUAUUAAAAGACUUGAAAGAACAAGUGGCAAGUCUGAUGAUAAAUAUAUGGAAGAUUUUAAACAAUAUUUGGGAGAAAUAAAUAGUGGGGCAUCAUGUAAACAUGAUACUUUGUUGCCAAUAUAUGCUUACAGUAUGACGGAUGGUUUACCAUCUUGCAUUGUUUAUCAAAUUAUGGCAAAUGGUUCAUUAGAAGACAGAUUAGCAUUGAAAGAUAAUACACCAGCAUUAAAUUGGUUGCAACGACAUAACAUUGCAAAAUUUGUUGCUCAAGGUUUACAAUUUAUGCACUCUCAUCAUGAAAAACCAUUGAUACAUGGAGAUAUUAAAAGUGCAAAUGUAUUACUAGAUGCAAAUAUGAAUCCAAAAAUUGGUGAUUUUGGAUUGGCACGUAGAAUUAAUAAUAAAGAAGGCGAAAAGGUUGAUAAACUUCAGGGGACUAAAAUUUAUUUGCCACUUGAUUAUUUAAGCGGAAAAAUUCUAUCACCAAAAGUAGACACGUAUUCUUAUGGUUGUGUUAUGUAUGAAUUGGCAACUGGUUUACGAUAUGAUCAGUUGAAAAACAAUGCUCAGUAUAAGAGAAAUCCUGAUAAUGAUAAAUUUAACGGAUUGAUUGAUCAAAAAGCUGGUCAUUGGCAUAACUUGGUAUUUGAUAAUCUCAUUGAAGUUGGAAAUAAGUGUACACAAUUACAUCCUAAAGAUCGACCUUACAUGGACCAAGUUUAUAAUUCACUUGUUGAGAAAACCCGAUUGAUGGAGACGAUGAUGACAAAUGCAAGACACAAAACAAGCUUAUAGCUGUGUUAAAUUUCUGCAGAGUUAACGUGUUGCAAAAAAAAAUAAAAAAAAUAUAUUAUUAACAGUGUUGAGCAUUGGAAUGAGAUACUCUUCUAGUUAAAAUGUUGGAUGUGUUGUGGUACCAACAUAUGGAUAAAGAAAAAAAUCACAAAGAUGUGUGUACAUGUAAUUCAAGUUGAAAGUUUAACCAACACACAUAUCAAGGACUUGUCUUGCUUGUCUUGUCUUCUACCUACACAAGCAAAAAGAAAUGAUAAAAAAAAAAUUGUUGAAAAUGAGUCAGCUUGCUCACGUACUGCCUACUUGGCUCUGCUUGGUUCUUAGCUUCUUGAAUAUGUUGAAUUAUUUUUUUUACUUUUCUACACUCUUGACAAAAAGAAAAAGAAAAAAAAAACAAGUUAAAAUAAGUACACAACAACAUGAUCUUGCUAUCUCAAUUUCUCCAUUUAUUUUUUACUAUUUAUGGAUUACAAGGAUUUUUUAAUUUGAUUAAAUAAUUAUUUAUUUUUAUUUAUUCAAGUUUACUUUGUAUCCUGACAAAUUUGGGAUGAAAUAAAAAUUAUCUAUUUUGUUGGUGUCGGCGGUAUAAUAUUUUAUUAUUCAUUUUAUUUAUUCAACUAUUCAAAAAAAAAUUUAUUGCAUUUUAUUUAUAUUUAAAUUGUUUAUCAAUAGAGCGUUAAUAUUAAUGUGAAUUUUUUCAAGUGGUGAAUUCAAGUCAAGGGAAGUUUAAUAAUUAUAAUAAUAUAAAUUUUUUUAAAAUGCCAGACCGGAAGUUAUGACCGGAUACACGUGACUGUAAUACUUGAUGUUUUUUAUAUUUUUUUUGUGUUGUUGGUUUUAUUUGAAUCUUGGUAAAAGUUGGAUGUCAAUGACGAUGAGCAUGGUGCUCUACCUGGAAGCGUAGAAAUUUUAUGGGAAAAUAUUUACUUUUUUAUUUUUUUUAGAUAAAUUUUUUUAAAAAUAUUAUUAAAAUAAUAAAAAUGUCAAGUGGAAAUAUUGAAAAAUCAAUUUUUCUACUUGAAAAAUAAUUACUCACAAAUGAGGAGGCGAAUCAUUAUAUUUUUUUUUCGAUUUAUAUAUGUUUUCUUUAUUUAAAUUUUUUCUUUACAUUAAAUUUUAUAAUACUUGUAAUUUUUUAAUGACACUUGAAAAUUGUAUUUUUACGUUUUUUAAAUUUUUCAUUACAACUGUAUUUUUAAUAUUUAUUAAUUAAUAAAAUUUAGCUUUUAAACAAAGUAACAACAAUU